CGGCCGACAGACUGACGGCUGCCGAUAGUCUGACGGCACGCCACGUUCGUCUCCAAAACCAACCAUGUCUGCCGAGAACUCCAACAAGCGCCCGGCCAACGGCCUCCCUGAGGGCCAGCCCGUUGCCAAGAAGCUCCGUGGACUUCCGGAGACAUACGUCCUUCCGCCGAACGUGAUUGUGAUGCGGGAGACGAUGCAGACGCGCGGGAUGUUCACCAUCAUCCGCGACGAGAAGACAACGCACCAGGACUUUGUGUUCUACUUUGAUCGCCUCUCGCGGCUGCUUAUCGAAGAGGCGCUGUCGUACCUGCCGGCGGAGGAGGUGGAUGUUAUGACGCCGACCGGCGAGGCGUACCCGGGCAUCCGGUGGACCCGCAACCUCUGUGGGGUCCCGAUCAUCCGGGCUGGCGAGGCGUUUGAGAUUGCGCUUCGCGGCAUCCUCCGCGACUGCGUCAUCGGCAAGAUCCUCAUCCAGCGCGACGAGGAGACCACCCUGCCCAAGCUGUUCUACUCCAAGCUUCCCAAGGACAUUUCGGAGCGGACUGUUCUCCUCCUCGACCCGAUGCUGGCGACGGGCGGCUCGGCCAAGGCUGCCAUCCAGGUCCUCAUCGACUCGGGCGUGGCCGAGGACUCGAUCAUGUUCAUCAACCUGGUCUCGUGCCCGGAGGGCCUGCAGGCUAUCUACGAGGCAUACCCCAAGGUCUGUGUCGUCACUGGCGAGGUCGAUCGCCAGCUCAACGAGCGCGCCUACAUCAUGCCCGGCCUCGGCGACGCCGGCGACCGCUACAUGGGCACCGAGUGAUCCCGCUGUGGGCACAAACUGUUUUCCCCGUAGUCUCUCA